GAAAAAAUCACAAACGUAACCAAAAUUUUUUUUUGCCUCUUAAGUUCCCUUUUUUCGUGGAACGUCACAUGUAAAAAUUAAAUAAGUUUAAUGUUUACAAUUAACACGUGGUUCGGGAGUGUUCGAAAUUUUUAAAAUCGCGUGUGAGUAUUUUUCUUCCAACCUGGUAAACAACGUUCGAAUGCUGAUCCUGGAUGGAUAUUGGGCAUGGGCGAAGGAUGUACACUACUGAAGGUCAGGAAGGAGGAUGCAGAGAAAGCAUGGCCCCUGCUAUCGCUCCGUCGAGGGAAUUCGCGAUUGAGAGGAAGAAAAAAUGUAUUUUGUGUAUAAAUUGUUGAUUUGGAGUAAUCAGCAGGAUGGAGUAUGUCAAGGAAACUCCUUUGUACCUCUUCCACUUAACAAACGACAUUGUGGCUCAAAUAUUUAAGGGUCUUUUUGAAGGAAAAUGGCACCAAAUCUAUUUGGUACAUCGGCCACUCUUCUUCUUGAGGCUUCUCAACAGGGAAUUUCUCAAGAGAAAAGUAUCACAAAACCAGAACCACAGUUAAUAAAAAUCAAAAGUGAUAAGCCUAAAUAUAAAUGGCAUAUCGUUUGGAGAAAUGUAAUAGCUUUCGUUUAUAUUCACGCUGCUGCUGUUUAUGGAUUGUAUCUUACAUUCACAACAGCAAAAUUCGCCACUUUUGUAACUGCUAUAUCAAUUGGUAUCCUAUCUGGAGUAGGUGUCACAGCAGGUGCACAUAGACUUUGGGCACAUAAAUGUUAUAAAGCCAAAUGGCAAAUGCGAUUAAUUCUAGUAUUUCUGCAAACAGUUGCUUUUCAGAAUCAUAUUUACGAAUGGGUGAGAGAUCACAGAGUACAUCAUAAAUUCACAGACUCUGAUGCAGAUCCACAUAAUGCAAAUAGAGGUUUCUUCUUUUCUCACAUAGGAUGGUUGAUGGUUAGAAAACAUCCCGAUGUCUUUAGUAAAGGUGUUAAAGUCGAUAUGAGUGACAUGGAGAAGGAUCCACUUAUUGUGUGGCAAAGAAGAUUGUACGUUAUUUUGAUGCCCAUCUGCUGUUUCUUGAUUCCAACUUGGCUACCCUGUUACUUGUAUGGAGAAAAACCAAUUGUUGCCUGGUACUUAACAUUAUUGAGAUACGCCUUGACACUUAAUGGAACAUGGCUGGUUAAUUCAGCAGCUCAUAUUUGGGGAACUAAACCUUAUGACAACACAAUCAGUCCAACUGACAGUCUCAGAGUUGGAUUCUUAGCAUUUGGAGAAGGUUGGCACAAUUAUCAUCACGUCUUUCCAUACGACUACAAAGCGGCUGAACUUGGAAAUUACAGAGCAAAUUUGACAACUGCAUUCAUUGAUUUCUUCGCUUGGAUUGGAUGGGCUUAUGAUUUAAAAACAGUUUCAAUUGAAACAAUAAAUAAAAGAGCUGCCCGAUCAGGUGAUGGUACUCGAUUGCCAGUUCCAACUGAAAAAGAUUCACAAUUAGAGAAUGAUAACAAAUCAGAAGAUCAUCAUCAUCAUCAUAAUCAUUCUCACGAUAAUUGCGUAUGGGGCUGGGAUGACAAGGAUAUGCUUGAAGAGGAUAAAAAAGACGUUCAAAUUUUUAAUAAACGUGAUUGAAUUUCAAAAAAAAAAAAAAAAAAAAAAAAAAUGUUUUCAAACAAAAA